GACACACGCUACAAGCCUGUGCCAAGGUUAGACUCAUGCCCGGCUGGUGCUGCCUCCUUCUGCUGCUCAUCAGUGCAAGUGCCUGCACAGCGCGUGCGUCUGCCGCAACAACGGCGUCUGCACCACGGCCGACGUGCACCGUCGCACAUACACCCGGGGCGGACGACAGCCUCAGCAUCACCGCCGCCAUCACAGCCUGCAACUCGAACGCGACGAUCCUGUUCUCCGCAGGCGUGCAGUACAACAGCUUCACGCCGGUGCAGUUCGCGCUGGGGCAGGACGUGACUGUGCGCAUCCUAGGCAACAUCAGCCUCCCUGCGGACAUUGCGCAGGUGCAGGCGGGCGUGCGCAGCGCGGCGUACCGCUCGGGCUGGUUCGCGGUGUCGUCCACCGGGCCUGGCGUGCGCUUCGCCGGGCCGGAUAAGAUCACAGGCGGCGGCGGAGGGGUCGUGCGGAGCUUCGGGCAGGCGUGGUGGGACGCGGGGCAGCAGACAUCGAGGCCCCUGCUGUUCCAGUGGCGAGCCAGCAACGGGACUAUUCGCGGGCUAACGAUCAGCAAGCCGAUUGGAAAGAGCUUCAAUAUUGCGGGGAGUGGGAAUUGGAUUGAGGACGUCGUUGUGGAUGCGCAGUCGAGCAGCACGGCGUUCCCGUUCAACACCGACGGUUUUGACGUCGGCGGAGACGGCAAUACCAUCCUCAACUCGCAGGUCUCGAACGGCGACGACUGCGUCGCCAUCGGCUCACCGUGCACGAAUCUGCACCUCAAGGGCCUCACGUGCAUUGGGUCCCACGGGAUAUCCGUGGCCGCGAAGGGUGGGGGGUCCGUCAACGUCGCGAACAUCCUCGUCGAAAAUGUCACGCUCUUGGAUGGGUUGUAUGGCGCGCGGUACAAAUCGACGAGUGGCAACCAGGGCCGUGCGAGCAACAUCGUGUACCGGAACGUCGUCGUGCGCAACAUCACGUUCCCCAUCUACGUCACUCAAAAUUACUUUGACCAGAGCCAGUCGCCACCCCCGCCGUCCAACCUCUCAGUCCAGAUCGAUGGAUUGACGUUCCAGGACUUUGCGGGCACAAUCAACUCGCUGAACCCAGGCGACGGCUCGUGCAUAUCGGAUCCGUGCUGGUACCACGUCGCCGGCGCAGACGGCACCCAGUCCAUCAUCUUCGACAGCCUCCACGCGGGGUCGGCGACUAACCUCUCGGCGACGGGGAUCGCAGUCGUACCGGACGCGCCGUCCGAGCGGCCGACGGUAAUGUGCAACGCCAGCGUGACGCCGGGGGACGUCGGGUUCCGGUGCUGGGACGGGCCGUACAUCCCCACGUAUUCAAGUUGACGCCUCCUCUAUGAAUCACACGUGUCUCUAGUUCCACAAUUCUAGGAACGGCCCCGCGUGCGGUCGCGGGGGCUCAUCAGCCUGCAUCAUGACCAGAAAAUCGGACACCAGUCCGGCCGCCGCUCGGGAUGUAAUCUCGGCGAUGUCGUAUGCCGGGGCGACUUCCACGACGUCUGCCCCGCUGAGAAAACGAGUCAGUCAGUCAGCGCCGAUCUUGACCGUGGAAUCUCGCGUACACAAAGUUGAGCCCUGCCAGGCCGCGGAUGAUGCGCUUCAUCUCCCGUGUCGUCCAGCCACCGAUCUCGGGGGUGCCCGCUGCCCAGAAUGGUGAGCGCUAAGAAACACCGACUGAUGCAUGCACGUACUGGCGGGGGCCAUCCCCGGGUCGAUUGUGUCGAUGUCGAGGCUGUGGUACACCGGGGUGUUGCCGACGCGUUCCCUGAUCUUUCGGAUGACAGCCUCGAUCCCGUAGUCGUCCAGGUCCUCCGCCGAGAUCACGGCGAACCCGACUGCCUCGUCGUGCUCAAUAACCACCUUGCCCUGCUGCAUCCCUGUGAGCAGCCCUGGGACGGAAGGAGAGGGUGGGACUGACGCUCGACUUUUGGCGGAUCCCGCCGUGGAUGCUCGUGUUCGUGAGCAGGCCCUCCUCGUGCGCGAGCGUGAAGUACGAGCCGUGGCUGAUGCGCCCCGGGCCCUGGAUGUGCUCGACGGCCGCCGUGUCGUAGUGCGCGUCAAAGUGGAUCACCUGGGAGGACCAGCCGGGCUAUCAGUGGGUCGUCGAGCGGCUCGAUCUGAAGGCACUGACAGAGAUAGGCCCGUGCACUUUGUAGAGCGCGCGGAGGAUCGGGAGGACCUGAGAACGUAAUGAUGCAGUCUGUGUGGAAUAGAACCCGCCGGAGACGACAUACGAUGGUGUGGUCCCCGCCAAGUGUGACGAUGCGCGGAUGCUCCUGGCCGUCUUUGGACAGCGCGGCCGUGCUGGCCUUGGUCUCCCCGCUGACCGGGCGCCCGAGGAGCGUACUGUACGCGACCUCCAUCUGGUCGAUCGCCAUUGCGUUGUCCAUCAUCGUCGUCGGCACCUGGCGAUCGGUUACCCAACCACACGGGCGGUAGCACUCAGACGAGGAGACGCACAUCGCCGCAAUCAAUGAUCCGUGCACCCCAGUCUAGCGCGCUGUGAUCCCACGCGAGCGUGUACCCAUUGCUCCCGCUCCCGACGCGGAUGGCUUGCGGCCCGAAGCGCGCGCCGGGGCGGUACGACGUGGUCGUGUCGAACGGCAUCCCGAGGAGCGCGAUGUCAAACGCGCGUGACGCGUCCUCGAGGCACCGCGCGUACGGGAGGUGGUUGAAGCUCAGCGGGCCGGUGUAGCCUAGGUCGUGCUGCGCGCCGUAUUUCUUGAACCACGCCUCGGUCGAGACGUCCACGGGGGUCGCUGGCGCGGCAUGUGAGUGGGCGGAGAUCGAGGGCAGGGUGAGCGACAAGAGCGCUGCGAGUGGAGCAAGCAUUGGAGACGAAGCUACAACGACGCGAUAACGGCCAGCGGCAUCUUAUGUGAAAGACUCCUGAUAAGAGUUCACUGCGCUAUCUGGCCGCGGCCGUGCUCUUCUCUGGAUGUGUUCACGUGCCUAUACGGCCUAUACGCAGCCACCGAUAAAUAUCUAAUCGAUAAGCUUGCUGUCUAGAUCGCCAUAGGGGUAUUCUUCUUUGUGAUUCAUCUUCAGGACCGUUUAUCGCACUUCAAGUAUUUAAGAAAAUCGAUUCAGGGCCGCAUAUACUCUAGCAACAGGUCCGAUUCCA